AUGCAGCCAAAUACUGUCCAGCGCAGAGUGGAUGAAGUUCCCAGCCGUGCCUCUUCUCCACUGAUCCGGCCUGAUGAUGGUGAUUGUUCCGAGGACGACGACAAUAAUGAUUACGAUGAUUAUGGGGCUCAAGGGCAAGCUCCGCGCACGUCCAAUUCGCAUUGUCUCGUCAUAUCCACGACCUCAACCAAUACCCCUGCACUGGAUAUUGCUACCUUGGGAUCGUCUGCCUCGCCUUUAACGACUGAUAUCGGUUAUCAAGCAAGAACAUCAGCUGGGGCUGUUGUGGGAUUAACAGCUGCUUCGAUUUCUUUUUUUCUUGUCGUGACCGGUGGCAUCUGUUUCUUUUCUCGACUAUAUCAACGCCGAGCCCUCACGCCCAAUGCAAUGCUCUUCGGCACGAAUAAAAAUCGCAAAAGGAGCCAUACCGACGUCAGCUGGGUCCGGAACCAAGGCCCAAUACGCUUGAACCCAGUCACGCCGUCAUCUUAUCAUGAUACCCACAAGGAUUCCUGGAGAACGAGGGCCAGACUGGUGCGACCAACGCAGCCUCCGAUUAUCCAGACCAACUACGACAUACCGCUUCUGCCAGAUCCCCCAGCUCCAGUACAAACGAGACUCAGUCGGUCAAAUGCGCAGCGUGCACGUAGUGCCAGCUUGGGGUGCUUGACGACGUACGAAUCCACGAUGAGCCCCUCGAGCACUAUUACUUGGAGAUAUGGCACUGGGCUCACUCCAGCGCCACGGUGUAGGGAAGGGGGGAAAGGAAUGGAGAGACAUUUCUCACUAGGCCAGUUAAGCUCAAAAACUCAAGAUGUCCGCUAUUCGAUGCCAAGCACAGCCUGUCGGGCUUCGAACUCGGUUCAGUCACAGGACGAGUUCAGACUUGACUCUGGGUGCAAGGAGACACCAAAGGAAGAAUCGCAGGAACGGUGCAGAAGCUGGCCAGAUGGAAGCAACAGUACGGGCUCGAAUGCCAUGUCUGCGCUUGCGGCCGCCGAGAUUGAGCCGUGCCCAUCCUUGAAUUUGCCCAGUCGAUCCUCACACGCCGCAUCAUCGUGA